GCCCCGGCGGGCGGACGGCAGCGCCCGGGGGCUGCGGUGGCCCCGCCGCCAUGGAGGCGCUGUCGCUGCCCGCGCUGGGCCGCCGGGGGCCGCCGGGCGCUGCGGAGCCGGGGGAGCCGCCGCGAAAGCGAGUGUGCAAGCUGUUAGAAACCUUUCCAAAUGCGGCCAAUGCUCGCCUCAUUGACUGUGCUAUGGAGCUGGAUUCCAAACAGAAACUCUCCUCUGGCUGCGGUCCGUGGGAUACAAAGACAAAGCCAAAUUCUAUGAUUUUUGAAAACCAGGGAAGCAGAGGUACUGCCCAGCCUUGCCCGAGAUGUAUUGCUGGAGAAUCUGGACACUUCAAUCAUAUCCUGGGCUUCUAGGGAUUGAGAGACUGCAGCUCAGCAACACUGCUUUACUUUUUAAAUGCUAAAGACGCCCCUGUGAACACUGUACAGCUGGAUAUCUGUACCUUCCCUCACGGCGUGGAUUUGGGCGUGGUAUUCAGCAUACAGCAGUUUGCUGUACGCGUUACCUUUCCCGUGUACAGUUGCGGAUGUCAUUGUUUUUACACUUGAAAAAAUGCUUCUGCUUUUAAGGUAGCUCAGUAGGUACCAAAAAUAUAUAUUUGAUUUAACUUUUUAGGGUAGGUAAGCUCAUUUAGUCUUUGGCCCAGUCUUCACCUGGGACUGGAUCAAAGAUCAUGCUGAUACAAGAUAUUUUACUGUCUGUCUUGGGCACUUUCUCUGAUACUCUUGGGAGGUGGUCCUUGUGUUUACGGUGGUACAGGGACUGAGUUUUUAGCUCAGCUCUGUGUAAGCAGGCAGAAACGGGAGGACUUCAGUUUUAGACAGAGAGCUUUGCAGCUAUGCGAAGGCCAGUAAAAGUCCUAUUGAAACUUAAUGUUACGUUAAAAUCCAAAGUAUGCAUCCAGUUCAGGAACCUUUCGUACACACUAAACAUCUGCUUUGUAACGAGUGUAGUUUGUGAAUGGGACAGGUACCUAUCUAAAAGAAAAAUCAGUAUUAUUUGAACAACACUAUAAUGCAAAGAUGGAUGGUAUUUUAGAUCUAGGCAGUUCUCUCAAAGUUGCUGAAGAUACCAUUUGACACUCGGACUCCUCCUUUGCAGUUAUGGUAAUAUUAGAACAAAUCUGUUUGAGAAGUUUGAGCUUGUUAUCCAACGUGACUUUAUUGGCUGGCCACAAAUAAUUUCCUCUACAUUUUGGCAGUAUGUAGGGCUAUGUAAUUUUUUAACACAUUCAGAUUUUUAGUCUCUUAAGUUGUCCUGAGUCUCCUUUUAGUCUCUGAGUUGUCCUGCUUGGAUAUGACACUUCAGUGGCUGCUUCAGGUCCUAAAUCUCAGAACCGAGCAGCAGCACGUUAACCCUCUGCAUUAGAGGGAAAUUGCUGUGACCUGCCAAAGCUCAUGCAGAAAGCAAUCUCCGCUGUCUGGAGAACUGCUGAGCCAUAGCCGUGCCCUGCUGCCACUGAGCCUUUGGGCAGAGUUCAGCCCGAAACAGGUAUCGCAGGGAGAACGGCGGUUGGCCCCUCCUGGUUUGAGAGCAGACAUUAGGCAGUGCAAAUUAAAAUGGUAGCUCCAAAGUUGCGAAGAUCUAGUGACAGGCUUUUAAACGUUACUUUCCCAGCGGGGUUUAUCAUACUGUGAAGUGCUUAGACGAAGCUUUCCACAGUCUUAGAAUGCUUCCCAUAUUGUGGGUGGAGUUGUAGCUAGCGCUGAGUUGACUCUUAUUACGAAGAUAUUCUUCCUAAAUAUUGAAUUCAAUUAAGUUAAAAACGAGGGAAUAAGUCUGUUAAGCAGAGCUGCAGUAAAUUGGUAUCCAAAGCGUUUUGUUAGGAAAUAAUAAAUUUCUUCCAAGCCAAUAUAAAUUUUAGAUCCAUUGAAAAUAAAUCUUUGCAAAGUGCAAAUUCUUUCAAAAGCCUCAAAAUCUUCUUCAGCCACAGAAGCAGAACAAUCUGUUCAAAGAUCACAUCACUAAGAAACACAGUGGGUUUAAAAAUUGUAUUGGCCCUGUUUGUUGAAGGUAAGAAGCUCAUCCUGAACUCUCCAACUCCCAAUACAGGUCGAUCCAAGCAAUAGUAUCCAUCCAAGCUGGAAAGGAACAUAUUCUCUCUCGAAACGAUAGAAGUGCAUGAGCACAUUCCAUAUAGUGUUACCAGAGUUUAUCAACUAAUACAAAAUAGGAAUAUGAAAUGUUUUCUAAAGACACUGUUUGCUCUGAAAUUACAUGUUAUUAAUACUAAGAUAACUAGAUCAUAUUUGGAGGGCAGUUCAUUUUUACACAAUUUUCCAGUUUUUAUUUUUAAAAAUCCUGGUAAUAAUAGCAGCCAAGAAAAAAGUUGCCUAAGUAUCAGUUUCUGUGCUGUAAAAGUUGAAAUAGCUACCUAAAUGUAAAAGGCUAAAAGGUACCUAAAAGUUUAAUUUCUGCAAAAUGACUCAAAACCUGUUAUGCUUCAUUGACUAAAUGUUUGGCAAGCAACAAUUAGCAGAACAGCGCAUAGUCAAAAUUCAAGGUAUCUGAAGACAAGAGUAUCAAAAGUACACUUGGACUCUUUGAUGGAAAAAUUUUCUGCUGGAAUAUAAAAGAGCAAAUAAUUACGCCAGCAUGUUUAAAACACAGGGAAUAUUUCUGUGUAUCAUCAAACCAAAAGAGUGUUUUCUGUUUAAAUAAUUCAAAUUUCAUCAUGUUAAGAAUUCACAGAUACUAGUGCCUCUGUUUCUUCUGUUGCUUUAAACUUAACCGUAUUUUAAUCUGCUAUAGAAUAUGGUAAGAUGAGAACCAAGUGGUUUUCCUUAUGAUCCUUGUAGUUUUUGUCAUGUUCUUUUUAAUUCUUCACCUUUCAGAGUGGCGGUAGCUUGUUUUUUGUAAAGUCUCACCGUACAUAAAUCAGGGAAUUGGUCAUAGUUCCUGGCUGCAUUACAGAGGCCUGAUGAAGUCAUACUACUGUUCGAUUUUAAUGUAAUUUUUUCAUAUCAGCCUUCUCAUUGUUGCUGUGCACCGCACAGGUAUUUUAUUACACUGUCCACGGUGACUCUCAGGUCUGUCCGUGGAGAUUACUGCAUCUAUACAGCUCUAGAAAAUAGGAGAACUUUAUACUGUUUUUUUCCUCUGUAACCUGCAGCGUGACCGUGGCCUGUUGUACUUUCUUUACACUGUUAGAAACGUAAGGCUGCAGUUCACAUCAAAUCUAAUUGAUUAGGGGUUAUGUUAUUCAUGAGUACAUUUUGAAUCUCUAAAUGCUAUGCUAUAGAAAGUAAACUUGAGUAAAAUGUAGGGUCACAAGUAGGGGUUUUUGUUUGUUGGUUUAACUAUAGCCUUUUACAUUCUCCAGGAGCACAAUAAUAUGUCAGAUCAAUUCUCUAGUAAUAUUUAAAUAAAAUAAAAAACUUUGUUGCCCUGGCAAUUUCAUCUGUUUGGAGAAUGAACUCUACAAAUGGAUUUAGAUGUAGACCACCUAGUGGAAGCUCCCUUCAUUUUCAGUCUAUCCCAAUUAUCAGCCGUGUAGUUAUAGUGAGUGUUGUAAAUAAAAUACAUCAGUAUUGAAAAGGAAUGAAAAAACACUUGGUCAUUACCAUCUUUGCUGCAUUAUAACACAGUUUGUGAUGAAAGAAUGAGUACACAAAGUACUUCUUGAUACAGAAAUGUAAUGCCUGCCUUCCUUAGCAAAGAUUUAUGAGAAAGCCUAUCUGUAUCUUUCUGUUCCUUCAGAUUUGACAAGUGUUUUAAUCCUUGCUUCCUUACCAUUUCAAUUUCCAGGAUAAUUUUCCCUAGUUAUUUAACUGCAACAGCACCAGACUGGGUCAGCUGGGAACACCCAGCUCAAUCUCCUGUAUGCUCCAGUGACUAGUAGCAGACAGCCACAUGGGAAGAGUCUAAGAAACAGGGCAUGUAUUGAAUAGAAACACUUUUUACAAAUAGAAAAACAGUGUUUUAUGCCACGUUCUGUUGUGGGCAUUCUUUUUUGCCUCAUAGCUAAGUCUUGACCAUCAGGUAUCACAAAAAUUAGGAAAAUGCUGAUAGUUUCCAGUGAUAUUUUUGUCUUCACGCUUGUUUAUCAAUACAAAAACGUGCCAGGCAUCAGGCGAAUGUGCUAUUUGACUUUUCCUUUCUUAUUAAACAUCGGUGUCCUCACUAUUUAAGAAGUAAUUCCUGUUAGACUUGAGUUUAAAUUUUUUUGUGUAGUCACACUUAAUUUGUACAGUAUAAGGAUACUCUACCUAGUAUUUGUUAAAAAUAGCAGCUCCCGCUUUUCUGUUUUUCUUGAGUUUGCAGAGAAUUUAAAAAAUAAAAAUAAACCUCUGGGAAUUGCAGUUCAAGGUAGGAUGCAGAAGGGUAAUUGCACCGUCUCUUUUUUUCAGUGUUCUGCAUUCUUCCUUUUUGCAUGAGGCUGUAAAUGCUAAAAAAACCCUUGAGAUUUUUACUUACUUUUCUGGGAAUGCUACUGUCAAUAAAGUAUUCUGGAUAGAUGUAAAUUUUAGUUAUAUUGUGUGUAAAGUAUCCAGAAAUGAAAUAACAGAUGUUGCUCACUUUGCGAUGCUGAUUUUUCUCUGCAAGCUCUUCACUGGGGGCAGAGCAGCACCUGCUGAAUAUCCUUGGGCCUGCUUCCUUUGGUCCUUGUGAAAUGGCUGCUAGACUUAUUCCUGCUGCACUGUUAACUGGUAUUUCCAGCUGACUAGAAACAUGGCAAGCUGUUCAGAAACCUCGUGGACAUCCAUGAUUGUUUUCACACCUGGGAUGCACGCUCCUCUGCAUGAACCUUAAAGAGACUCUUUAGGCCAGGAUGCGAUUCCUUCCUCCGUGCCUUCUAACGUGGUAAGGAAUGCAUUUAUAAAUCAGCCAUGAUGAAAACGAACUGCAAUUGAAAUAGUUUGAUAUAUUGAAGAGUUGUAACAGUGUGCGUGUGGGGAGUGUUUUGUGGUGAUUUUUUUUUUUAAUAGAUGUACUGUAUUUGUAAUUCGUUUCAAGAUUUGUUGUCAGUCAGAAUCAUGAAGUUACUGUAAGAGGUGCAGCUGAAUGCCAUACAGUUUGGGACAGGUAAAUAUUUCUUUAAGGCAGAUUUGUGUAAAAUCAGCAGUAGAACCUCAAAACUAUUUUUGUAAGACUUUCUUCACCUUGUAUAACUGAAAUUUUGGUUGAUUGAUAAAUAUUAUAUACUCUUUAUAUUUCUUAAUUCUGUGGUUUGUACACAAGAUAACCCAAGUGCUACUUUAUUUACAUGUAUAUAGUAAAAUAAGCAUAUGGUCUUUUUAAUUCAGAUUAAAAUUUGAUUAUAUAAUAUUUUUAUCUUUGUAUUUUGUAAAUUGUUACUCAAAAAAGCAGCAGCAUUAAACACCACUUUGGCUACAGUA